GCGGUGACGUCCCUGGAACCGGGACACAUUAUACCUCUACCAAUGUGGUUUAGCCGCUCAUUAACUGUAACGGGCAAGUUUCACUGUUUUGACUGUCUCCGCAAGUUGUCAGGAGAGUUACAUGUAACUCAAUGUUGUAAACGGUAAUCGCCGGUCAAUAGGCCAAAUGGUUAAAGAGGAAGCGCCGUGUUAUUGCAAAAUAUGCUUGGUGGGUGGGUCUUAAAUGCCAGCGCCAAUGAAACGAAUAGAAUGAGCUGUAUAAAAGACGGGGACGUUUCAGUUUCAUGUAAUAUAAUAGCCAUUUAUCACCGUUGUGCAAAAGUGUGGUGGAACUAGAAUUACAGGGAACUGUCGUAGUUCGUUCUAUUUGAGUGGCGUAAUCAUAUAUUUCUGUAGACAACUACGCGCGAGGUUGUUCCUCAACGCAUCGUUCAGAAUGGCUGGGCUGGUGAGUAGCAGAGGGUGUCACAAAAUCAGGGGUUCCCAAAUAAGAGAGCUCCUCGACUCCAAGCUCAACGUCCUUUUUGAUUGCGACGGAGUCAUCUGGAAUGGCGAAACGGUAGUGGCAGGCGCGCCAGAAGUGGUGACGCUACUGAAACAGCAAGGCAAAAAGGUAUUUUUCAUCACCAACAACUGUACUAGGCCCAGAGCGAGCUACGUGACGAAGUUUAUCCGGUUGGGCUUCACUGAUGUCGCAGAGGAGGAGAUCUUCAGCUCGGCAUACUGCUCUGCGGCUUAUCUGCGAGACGUGGCGAAGUUGCAGGGUAAGGUGUAUGUCAUAGGGUGCCAGGGCGUUGUGAUGGAGCUACGGGAGGCUGGGGUUCCCAUAGUGGAGGAGGACACUAACGCACCCACUGGGACCAUUUACGACUACCCGUUGGACCCAGAAGUAAAGGCAGUGCUUGUGGGAUAUGACGAGAAAUUUGAUUUCAUAAAACUGGCCAAAGCCUGCUGCUACUUACAGAAUACUGAGUGCCUGUUUCUGGCCACUGACCCUGACCCUUGGCACCCACUGCGAGGAGGCAGAAUAACACCAGGUUCAGGAAGCCUCACGGCCGCUGUGGAGACAGCCAGCAGCAGGAAAGCCACGGUGAUCGGGAAGCCCAGCUGCUUCAUGUUCGAGUGCAUCGCCAGCCAGUUCAACCUGGACCCCGGCCAGUCCCUCAUGGUGGGUGACCGCCUGGAGACUGACAUCCUGUUUGGGGCUAACUGUGGCCUGGACACCAUGCUCACCCUGACCGGAGUGUCCACUCUAGAGGAGGCGCACGGCUACAAGGACAGUGACGACCCCGAGCGGAAGGACUUCGUGCCAGAUUACGUGGUGGAGACCAUUGCCGAUUUCAUUGAAGCGUAUGAAGAGGAGGAAGGCUGAGGAGGACUAUAGAAAGAGGAGACCCCUGAAGCUGUGCCUGAGAGACCUGGGUCAUGUUCAUUAGAGUACGCAACGGAAAGCGUUUUAAACCGCUUUGCAACGGAAAGUGAAAAUCCCCUCCCUGUUUCAAUCCAUUUGGUGCCUAAUGAACACGACCCUGGAUAUAUCAGAAAAGUGAUUAGUUUGGUGGUGUUAUAAGCAGUCAUUUGUAAAGCCUGUGAUGUGUUAAUAGUGCUUGCGACAGGCAUGCUGUGCUUUUUAUGCCGAUAAUCUUUGUCAUGAGGCAUGUAAAGAUGUGGCAUAACAUUUUGGAAAUGUUUUUGCAAUUUACAUGCUUAUGGCAAGUGAUAAUGACAUUGACCAGGAUGCAAUCAGAGAUGCGUUGUAGACGAGCCCAUUUCACUACAAUGAAGAUCGCGUUCACGGUAAAACGCUGAAGAUGUCGACUCAUGAGGAAAUUAUCUUUUAAAUGUCAAGCACUGUGCACUUGUAUACAACAUGUCUUUGAUUGAGUCCAGGCUAUUGUGUAGUAUUUUGGAAAGCUUUAUGAAUGGUGGCAUAAGACCACCUGGAACAUUAUAUACUGACACCAAUAAUGCAGUGUGAGACUCCACCUGGUUGUAGUUCCUAGUGUUCAUUAUUUGGGACAUUUAUUGGUGUAGUAGGAAUGUCUUUGGUUGUACUGUAGUAUAUCAUAGACGUCACCAUAUGAGCCCAAUAUACAAGCUGUUCUAUUUUCCUUGAGACCAUCCAGUGUUGAACUGGAUAGGGAUCCAUCAAAGCGAAUCAUAACACCCAACGUAAAUGGACUGAAGUCAUCUAAACCCACAGAACCAACUGUGCUGUUCCACAGUCAAAACAUAAGAUAACGUAAGAUAACGUAAGCUGAAAGCUUCCCUUGCAGCACCUUCAUCUUUAGUAUACCAAACCAAAUACUGUGUUAGGUUUGAAUCCAACAACUGGUAUACCAAACCAAAUGUUGUUUUUGGAGCCAACUGUCCAACAUUUAGCUCUGGAUAUAUGGAAAUAGGGCUGGAGAAUUGGUUUGAUGGAAAUAUGGAUAAAAUACUUGGUUUGAUAUUGGUUAGUUUUCCCACCAAGUCAAACCUUUGUUCAUUUGUGCCAGCAGCCUUGCUGUAGUUUUGGAUCCUUUGGUCAAUGAAUCCUUGACUGACAAAUAUGACAUGGAAAUUGUUCUCACUUUUCACCUUUCUAAAGAACAGAGCAUACGAGUGGUCCUGAAUUGAUCAUUACCAACAAUGAAAUGUGUAGGACUGUAUGUAGAUCUAAUUACCUUUUGAUAAGCCUUCUACUGAUCUAUUCUACAAGUAAUAAUAUUUGGAUAGAACUUCAAGUGAUACCAAUGUUCAAUGAACUGAAAUGUGAAUUUGCUGUGGAAAAUAUUCUACAGUAGUUUGGUAUUUGAAAGUCAAAAAGGAACUAGUAUGUUCCUUAACCAUACCACUGUAGAAUGUUAAGUUGCUGAAAUGUUAACUAUUAGGUGUAUUUGGGAACUGGAUUUUAAAUGUUUUUUUUAUUGACAGGUGGUUAUUAACCUGAAGAAGGGUGUGUGGAUUUCAGUCAGGGUAAUAACAAGAAUGGCAGACAAACAUUAUUUUAAUUGAGGGUAUCACCAUUUUUUUAUCAGUCUUUUUACUUAGCUGGAGGUUGUGCUAGAAUUUUAUUGUAAGACUUAAGACACAUUUUCAUACUGUAGAUGAAGUACCUAUUUCAAUGGAAUGCCAACCUGUUUUGUAUGAACUUCAUAGACAUUCUGCAUAUUGUGAAUUAGGUUUGUACAUUACUUAAUGUAGUGUACAAUUGCAUUUAGUUUUUUAAUUAAAACUCUUGCUUUGUAUAA